AACACAAAUCACAAUGUAUAACAGACAUUAAUAUUUUGAUACAAAAAAAAAAAAAAAAAAAAAUUGGGGUAGAGCCGUAGAGGGUUUCUCUUUUACAUAAGAAACACCCCGCACUGUAUAAAUAGCUUCUUUGUCUCAGUUAUCCAUUUCAGUGAAACCCAAGGAGACGCAGUCCUUCCCUUCAAAGUGAUAAUGGCAGCACAUCCUGAAGUUGAGCAUCCUAGGAAGGCCUUCGGAUGGGCAGCUAGGGAUACUUCUGGUUUCCUCUCCCCUUUUAAUUUCUCCAGAAGGGAAACGGGAGAGAAAGAUGUGGCAUUCAAAGUAUUGUACUGUGGGGUAUGCCACUCAGACCUCCACAUGUUGAAGAAUGAAUGGAGCUUUUCUACCUAUCCACUAGUCCCUGGGCAUGAGAUAGCUGGUGUAGUGACAGAGGUGGGAAGCAAAGUAGAAAAGUUCAAAGUUGGGGACAAGGUUGGUGUGGGAUGCUUGGUUGAUUCCUGCAGAUCAUGCCAAAACUGUGCUGACAAUCUUGAGAAUUACUGCCCCAAAUUUAUUCUAACAUAUGGUGUCAAGAAUGUUGAUGACACCAUCACAUAUGGAGGUUACUCUGACUCUAUGGUUGCAGAGGAGCACUUUGUGGUUCACAUUCCUGAUGGCUUGCCACUUGAUGCUGCUGCUCCUCUCCUUUGUGCUGGGAUCACAGUUUAUAGCCCUCUCAGAUAUUAUGGACUUGACAAGCCUGGUCUACAUGUGGGUGUGGUUGGUCUAGGUGGACUAGGCCAUAUGGCUGUUAAGUUUGCCAAAGCUUUUGGAGCUAAUGUGACUGUAAUUAGUACAUCACCCAACAAAAAGGAGGAAGCAAUAGGACAUCUGGGAGCUGACUCGUUUCUGAUAAGCCGUGACAAAGAUCAGAUGCAGGCUGCAGUGGGCACUUUGGAUGGAAUUAUUGACACAGUUUCUGCAGUUCAUCCUCUCUUACCUCUGAUUGGUUUACUCAAGUCUCAUGGAAAGCUUGUGAUGGUUGGUGCACCAGAAAAGCCUCUGGAGCUGCCAGUCUUUCCUUUACUUCUGGGUAAGCAUUUAGUAGCUGGCAGUAACAUUGGAGGGUUGAAGGAGACACAAGAAAUGCUUGAUUUUGCUGCUAAACACAGUGUGAAACCGGACAUUGAGAUCAUUCCUAUUGAUUAUGUCAACACAGCAAUGGAGCGCCUCCACAAAGCAGAUGUCAAAUAUCGAUUUGUGAUUGACAUUGGAAACACACUGAAACAAAGCAUAUAAUUUUGGAAGAUUCAGAUUUCAGACAGUGAACCGUGGGCUAAAUUAAAAGAUAAUAAAUAAAUCAGAAAACUAUUUCUACUUUUAUUGUAGAAAGAGUUUUUUUGCCACACUUCGAAAUACAUAGACAAAUGACUUCUUCUUUUUUCCCUUGUAUUGGUGGGUACCACUUUUUUUUUUUUUAAGGAUGUCUCUGUGUGACGGGCAUUAUUCCUCUUCCAUAGUCUCAGACAAGUAAUGCCCCAAUUAAAUGUAACGUUGUGCUUUCA